AUGUCUUCAGAUAAUUAUAUGACUAGUCACGGAUCUACGUACGUGGGUACAUUCGAUUCCAGUAUGAACCACAUUUCAAACAGUACAUUAAGUAACCCACCAAUUCCUUCUCUUUCUGCUAGUGCCACAGAUACCUCAAACUUAUCGGCAAACACCAAUACAACAACAGUCACUAGUGGCUCGCCCCCUUUGUUUGCUAAUCCUAAUUCCUCUGCUUCCACAAUCACCACCAUACCUCCAAUUAAACAGCCAUUUCCACAAUACUAUGCAGGUCAACAGCCAGCACAGCAACAUCAAUCGCUGCAACAUCAGCCAUUGCAACCGCAGAUACAGUCACAACAGCAUUUUACACAAGGGCAAUACCAAAUACAAGCUCAGCCGAUUGCAUUACAACAACAUCAACAGCCAACUCAAUAUUACACACAAGAUUACAGUACGAUAGAUCCCUACUAUCAAGCUCAGCAAUAUAACAAUCAAUACUAUUAUACCAAUGGCAUCGCCACUAGCGCUGUUCCAUAUCAGUAUCCACAGAGUUUUGUUCCACUACAAUACGGUGCAUAUGCACAAUUAGCCUCCUCUACACGGGGGCAAGCACACCCACAAGUAACUUCUUUACCGUUACCAUCACAACACCAAUCUCAAGUGCAACAAUACUAUUAUGAUCCUACUGUUGCUGCUACCGUCGCUACUGCCACUACUGCCGCCACUGCUGCUGUUACUAAUGCUCCAACAACAACAACAGCAGCAGCAACUUCCUCUUCUAUUCCACCUAUCUCUAAUUUCAUUACUGGAGCUGGAUCAACUAUAACUACUGCCCUAGAUAAUGGUAUAAAGGACAGUAAUAACAAUAGUCAUAAUAAUAGUAAUAACAAUAACAAUAACAAUGACAGUAAUAGCAGUAAUAGUAGUAGUAAUAAUAAUAGCAAUAACAAUAAUGUUGUUUCUCUUAUUACUCCUUCUAUUGCUCCAAUAAUCAGUACUUCUAAUAAUAACAGUGGUAAUGUUGUUACUGUUAGUGAUGGUGCUAGUACGACAAUUGGUGCUGCCUCUAUUAUCAAUAGUACUACUACAACUAAUAACAACAAUAAUAUUAGUACUAGUGCUAAUACUGGUAACAAUACUAGUAACAGUAACACCAACAGUAACACCAACAGUAACAGUAGUAGUAGUAAUAAUAGUAAUGGUGGUGGUAAUGGGUACGUACAAGAGGAAUAUACACAACUAGCACCGUUACCGCAAUUACAAGCAAUUUCUCCACAUCUUCCAGUUCCGUUUGCUUCACAUCAACAACAGCAACAACAGCAACCGUUUUAUUUCACACAACAGCAAACACCACAGCAGCGACAAUUACAAACUCAAUCACCAUUUCAAUUACAGCCACCGAUACAAACACAGCCACUCCAACCUACAAUCCUGCCUACAAUAAAACCACCAGUCCCAUCCUAUCGUACAGUUCCACAUACAAAUUUCGGUGUUAUUACUACUAUGUGGGAGGAUGAGAACACACUGUGUUACCAAGUGGAAGCCAAUGGUGUUAAUGUUGUGCGUAGAGCAGACAACAACUUCAUUAAUGGAACGAAACUGUUGAAUGUGACAAGAAUGACUCGUGGUAGAAGAGAUGGGAUUUUAAAAGCAGAGAAGGUGAGACACGUAGUCAAGAUCGGGUCCAUGCACUUGAAGGGUGUUUGGAUUCCAUUUGAAAGAGCUCAAAUAAUGGCACAACGAGAGAAUAUAUUGGAUUUGUUAUACCCGCUGUUUGUACCUGAUAUCGAGUCAUUAUUAUCGGGCAAUUAA